GAAGAGAGUGAAAGAGUGAGAGGGGAAUACGGAGAAAGAGAAAGAAAGAGAAAGAAAGACAGAUAGAUGGAUGGAUAGAUAGAUAGAUAGACGGAUAGAAAGAGAGAGAGAGAGAGACUGAGAGGGGACGGUAGAUGCGUGUAAAUGGUAAAAGACAUCGAUAGAGGGCGCGACGAGCGUCCUCGUCGUUUGGGGGCAUCGUCGGUAGGGAUGGACGAGGGAGGCGGAGGGAGGUCGGUGAGCAGAGCUCGUCCAACCGCGAGAAGGAGCUAGUAGCGCUCCUCCGGCGGUAUGAGGCGGCGUGGGGCUAGGGACGAUGCUUGGGCCGCGACUAGGAGGCACUCGGGAGGCAGGGAGGGCAUGCGAAGGAGCACAGUUCAGUAGUCGCCAUUGCAAGUCCCCCUGUGCUCUCGUAUUCGCGACACUCGUACGCGUGGAGCCGAUUUUCCGCUAACCUAAACUCCCCGCGAGGGCCCAAAGUGUGCCCCCCCGAUGCAGAGAUAUUGCACGGAGCUCACCGAAAGAUUAUUAAAAUCCCUUGACAAGGAAUACAAUGUAAGUAGCGGAGUGAAUCCGCGAUGCGCCGUCCGUCCGCUCGCGCAAACGGCUAUCGGGCCACUCUCGAUCCCCCGUGCGCCGUGUGCCUGUACCAGUGGCGUGCGCGAGAGCCGUCGAGAAUGUAGUGUAGCGACGGCUCUGCGUGUGGGUGAUCCAUCUUACGUGCUAUCACGUCGUUGACAUGGGAGCUGUUGUUGAUGUCAUUACGGCCCUGGAAAAGACGACGAUCACCAAAGAAGUGCUGGAGAUUACAAGGCUUGGUAAAUAUAUUAACGAACUACGAAGAAAGACGAAUAAUGAUGCCCUGGCCAAGCGUGCAAAAGAUUUGGUACGUCGUUGGAGAGAUAUGGUUUUACCAUCAGCUCAUUCAACCCCACAACCGACACCUGCUGAUACAGCACCACCUGCCCUUAAUGGAGCAAAACCUCAUAGUCCAGCCUUAAGAUGUUUCAAACCACAAAGUCCUGCUGUAAGAUGCUUGAAGCCUCAAAGUCCUCUAUUAAGGGAUGCUACUCCUUUAAGAGUUAUCAGCCCAGCUCUAUCUGUGCAUAGUGAUCAUUCACGGUCUCCUAAUGCAGCUUCAAAUAAGCAGUCAAUUACACUUACUAGCAACCACCGGAUAAGUUCGGAUGUACCUCCUACACAUGGCUCUUCGAGCCAGAAUCACUUGAUAGAAGCAGUGCCACGGACCCACAGUUCCAAUAAACGACUUCGAAAAGAUGUUUGUAAGGACCAACACAAUUAUCAAGAACAUGAAUCAGACUCGAUUACAGAAUGUGAGCCAUUUGUCAAAAGACAGCGUUUGAAUGGCGAAAACAUAAGUGGUAAUUUAAAUUCGCAAGUGCCUAGCCCCACAUUGAAAGAACGAAUUUCCCAUCAUUUUGUGGAGUCUUCCACUGAUCCUGAUGAUUCAGGUCCAAAAAAACGUGGUAGGAAAAAAGGCAGUAAGUCUGUAAAGAAGCAACCAUACAUAGAGGACCGUGUUAAAGAAAAACUAGCCAGUAUUUCAAGAAAUCCUAAGUUAAAGACAACACAAGAACUGCUGGCUGAUUUACAAGCACGUGGCUCAAAUUCUAGCAUUAAUUCAAAUGCUCUACCUAGUCAAAGUGUAGAACCACCAAGUAUGGAAGAUGUUUUGAGGAGUAAUAAUGAACAAGUAUCCAAGUUCCUGCGUUGUACUCCAAACAAUACAUCUCGCAAAAGUACAGUUUCUGAAACUUCUUUACAAAAUCGGUUAAAAUCUACAGAAAACUGUUGUGAAAUAUCAUCCAAGUGUCAAGAAACAAGUGCAGUGUACGAAGAAAGUCCGCAAAGUACGCAAAACCAACCACAAUCACAUCAAGAUUUAUCGGUUGAGGAGAUACUGGCAAAGUUACCACCAUUAGAUCCAAGUUCGAUAGACUGGAGUGAUUGUGAAAUUGAACCCAAUGAAGAUCAAAAUGGUACAGUGUAUCCACCUCAAGAAGUUUCUGCAGAGGACCUUGAAAGAUUACAUACGCAGUGCGUAGAAGGACUCAAUGGAAAUUUCCAUCCAAAAUUAUUGUCUCUCACUAAUAACAAUGAAACGUCAGAAAAAGAGGAAGGAGUGUCAGAAUUGAAUGUAAUGAACAGUGAGCAUAGCCAAACUGGUGAAGAAUUUCGAGAAUGGCACCAGAUGCUGGCAAGGCCCAGUUGUGAUGGCCAAAUCCUCCACAUAUUGCCUUAUGUUAUUAUUGAUUAGUAAUUUUAUUAUUCUAUUCUAUUAUUAUUCUCUGCAAUUUGUGAGAAGAACCCUGCAAAAAUUAAAUCGAUUGAUCUAUGAUCAAUCUAUUAAAACAAUUUCUAUUGCAAUUUACAAUUGCUGUUUAUUUCUAUUAAUGCUGAUGUUACUGCCAUCCUCAUUAUCAUUAUUACUCCUAUCAUGAUCAAAAUUUUAUCUACCAAUUUCAUAGAAAAAUAACUACUGACUAUUGCCCUCGUUAUUGUCAUAAUCAUAUUUAGCAUUUCCAAAUAUUUCAGUAUCAUUAUUAUUGUUAUUAACUUCACGUCACAAUCGGUAUCAUUAUUGUUGUAAUUAUCAUCACUGUUAUCAUUUUCAUUGUCAUUAUCAUUAUCAUUGUCAUCAUCAUUUUGAUUAUUAUUAUUAUUAUUAUUAUUAUUAUUAUUAUUAUUUUAUUAUUAUUAUAAUUAUUAUUAUAUUAUUAAUAUUAUUAUUUUUUGUCUUUAUUAUUACCAUUACUAUUACUACUACUACUACUACUACUACUACUACUACUACUACUACUACUACUACUACUACUACUACUACUAUUACUAUACUAUUACUACUACUACUACCACCACACUACUACAACUACAAUUACUACUACUAUUACUAUUGUUGUCAUUAGCAUUAUCAUUAUAUUACUGCUACAGUACAGCUACAAAAAGGUCGAUAAAUGAAUAUAAAAUGAGCCACACACAAAACGGGGGCAUUGUCAAAUUGCUGUAAAUGGAAAUAUUUAAUUUCAUGUAUGCUUGUAAAUGUCUUUCGUAAUAUUGCCUUGAUUAACGUGGUAUAAGUUGCUAGCUAUGAAAUACAUAUUAAUUCUAAAGAAUUUUAUUAUUUAUGUUUGAAAUGUGUAAGGGGGGAUUCAGUUUUUCCAGUAGAGAUAAUAAUUCUUCUUAAAAUUUGAAUUUAAGUUUGUGUCAGACAAUACAAAGUUGAUCGCUUUUAUAAAUUAUAAAAAUAAUUUUAUUUCAAUAAUAAACGUGAGGCAUACUAGUUACAUAGUAUACCUUGGCUUAUCUAUAAGAAGAAAUAUUAUUUUGGUAAUUAUAUCCAUAAGAACAGUAUUUCUUGAAUAAUUUCAUUAACAAUCUAAAACAUUGCAUUGAAAUAUAGUCAAAAGAAAUGAGAACUCAUAAUCAUGAGAGUAAAUAAAAAAAAAAAAGCAAAUUAAGCUUUACAAUCAUCAAAUAAGAAAUUUCAAAACUAUGAGUAAUUUGAACAAACAGAAAAAACAACAAUAAUGAUACAGUGUCAUCUUAUGUUAUCUUAAUUUUGCUAAGGUAUACUGAAAAACAAUAUAAAGUUAUUAAACAAGAAAGUAAUUAUAUAAAAUCAAAGGUGCAAAGUAACAAUUACAAAAAAGCAAAUAAAACCAAUGUAUUUGAAAUUGAUUUAUCUUCAUUUUACAUAUAAAAGAUGUUUCCAUUAGUAUAGGACAAUUGGAUAUAAUAAGCAAAAUAAGUUUCUUCAUUUUAUACGUGGAAAGGAUAGCCGAGCUGAAUACACUGGGGCCUUAAUUAAAAUUAAAAAAUGAAAAAAUAUUUGUCUAAUAUAGUAUUAUGUUGCACAUACUUAUAGCAAUCAUAUGAAUUGAAGUACUUUGUAAAUUUUUCUAACUGAACUUUUUUCCAUAUGUGUUGUGUAUACAGGACAGAAAAAGUAUAAGCUAUCAAAAACAAAAAAAAUAUAUAUACAGGAUUGCGUAUAAUCACUGUAAAAUUAAGUUUAUCAGAAAAUUUUGACAUUUUUCUUAUAUUAUAAUUUGUAGGUGCAAUAUAGAAAUUUCAAUGAUUGGGCACGUUAAUUUUUGCAAAAAUCAGGGAAAAAAUCUUUUCUGUUUUAAAAUGUAAAUAUUCGUUAUAAUUGUGUAGAUCAGCACCAGAAAUAUAUCAAAAAUGUGUGUAACAUUCAAGUGAGAUUACGCUUUCUUCUUAUUUUGAAAGGAAUGAAACUUUACCUAUAAUAUUAUUAUAUUAUGUGUAUUAAAAACUUUUGUCAAACCUCAUGAAUUAGAAAAAAAAAUCUCUUAUUUUUAAUACGUUUAUAAUUUUUAAGAAUCAUACCGACCUUAUUGUGUAUUUUUUUUUAAAUUUCCAUUCAAUAAUUCCCAAGAUAAAAAAUUUCAUUUUUAAUGAAACUAAAGCAAAUAUAAUUUCAAUGUUAUAUUAGUAUUGGAAGCAGAAGCAUAUUGUAAAAACCAUUGUCAAAGUUUUGAUCGAAUAUUGAUUAAAGUAUCUAUUACUUUCUAUUCAUUAAGUAGAAAAUGAACAUGUCGUACAAGUUGUAGUUUUCUGUAACAUUUAAAUAAGACACAUAAUACAAAUAAUUAUAUUUAAAAAUAUGAAACAAUAUAAUUCGAUUAUAUUCGUUGUUACAUUUAAUUUGGAUAGAUUAUCAUUUCUUAGUCUCGAAUUUUCGUUUGUGAUGUAUAAAAGUUGUUCUGUUCGUAAAAAUAUAUAUUCUUAUAUAAUUUAAACUAUGAUUUUUAAUCUCAAAUUCAUACUGCGAAUAUAUUUGUAUCAACAAUUUUCUAAUGUUCUAAUGGGGAAAAAAAAGAAAAAAAAAGGAAAAUUAUCAAAAACAUACCAACUUUGAACUUGUUUUUACGUGAAUAUUUACAAGACUGACAGGUGCCCCUAUACUAUAAAUCAUAAUAUACAAAUUGUUAUAUCAGUUUUACAUAAAUAAGAUGAUUCAUUCCACCGGCAGUAGCAAAACUCUUCGCAAUCGUUUUACAAUAAAUAAUGCAUAUAUAUACGUCUUAGAAAAAAAAGAAAGGAAAAGAAAAAAAAACAACAACAUUGCGAGUGUGCCUACAUUAUAAUUUUGAAAGUAUAAAAACAAAAGCAACUCGUUGUCGCCCAUUAAUUGUUUAAGUUCGAAAAUAAUUUUUUUUACUUUCGAGGAAUUUCAAAAUUACUAGCGCCUUGGCGCCAAAACUUAUUGUCCAUAUCGUUGGUGAAUAGACGUACAUAUUAAAUAAAAUUAUUUUCGAUUUGAAGUACUUGUAUGUGCAUAUAAUAUUUCCUUAAAAAAAAAGGAAGAGAAAGAUACAGAGAGAGAGAGAGAGAGAGAGAGAGAGAGAGAGAGAGAGGUGGGAGAGAAAGAAAGAGAGAGCAAAAGAAAUAAAUAAAGAAGGAGAUGUUGAAGAAGAGAUUAACAACGUUUAUGGAUGUAACAGAUUUUUGGUACACGCUUUGGUACGACUAAAGCAGGAUACAUACAUACAUCCUUUAAACACGAAUCCCGUGCCUUCUGUGCCUCUGCAUUUUAUCACAAUUUCACAUUACACGGAAAAAAGAAUGAUGUGAAAAGUGAAACACGUUAUAGAUAACCGAUGGAAUAUCGUAAGACAAAAAGUACGAUAAUGGACGAUGGAAUAAGAAGUAUAAAAGAAGUAUCGAAACUUAUUUAAUCAACGAUCAUUCCAAUGAUCGUCGUUUAAUGAAGCACGGAGUGACAAUCGGUUAAAAGAAAAAAAUGGCCGAUCGUGCUAUCGAAGACGUUCAAUAAUAAAAUAAAUUACAAUUGCAAGACACCUCCCCUUCUCCAUUAAAAUUCUUUAUGAUUGAAACGCACUCUUUUGCGUUUAUUAUAGUUAUGUGAACGGAAAGACAAAAAAAAACACACACACACAAAAAAGAAACAAAUAAAUAAGCAACGUGUUUUAAUUAUUUCUAAUUUCUUAAGUGCGCCUUUCAAUUACAUUAUUGAUCGGCCAUCGUAAUUAUGAAUACGAAUACGAGUUUGUGCAUUGUAAAAAAUUUGCGAAUUUAGUUGGCUGUAUGUGUUUAAUAUAUGUUCUAAUAUUCUCACUGCGAUGUCAUUGUGCUUAUUAUAUAAAUGCUUGUUACAUAAUUGUUCACAGAAAACAUUAUACGGCCAUUAAGAUGAGAAUACGAUAUUACUUAUGCGGUUUAACAAUGUAUUUACAUGUGCACUGAUACACACUACUCUUUUUAUUUUGUUUCGAAACUACCGCUAAAUAUCGAUACAUGUUAACCAGCAUAUGUGAUAUACGUCUCUAUGUGCAUAUUUAUAGUAAGUAUAUGUAUAAUAUAGUUAAGUACAUGUGAAAUAUUUUCUUUCCUCUCUUGGAAUCAAUCGAAAAUAAUAUUGUUUCUGUCCUUGUGUUUUUAGAAAACCACGAAUUUUGCUUUUGACAAAGCAGCUCUGCGAUGUACAAAAAUGCCAAUAUCAAUAUAACAUAUGUACAUAAUGCAACACAAAACUAUAUUGCUAAUAAUAAAUAUUCAAAUAUGUUUGCUCUCCCGUAA